GGAAUACGCAACAGUCAAGCAAAUGGAAUAUGGCUCAGCUCUCGACGGUUAAACCUCAACUGAGGAGAUCCUUCAGUGAGCACGUGAAGGACUCCACCAACAAGGCAUGGGACGCUUUCUGGAGGAGCCUGAGAGAGAGGCGGCUGUGGGAGAUUGAAGCAAAGGAGGCCUGUGAUUGGCUGAGAGCAGCUGGCUUCCCUCAGUAUGUACAAUUAUUCAGAGAGUGCAAGUUUCCUGUUGACAUUGAGUGUGUAAAGCGCGAUCACCACUUCCUGGAUAAGGAUGCACUUGACUCACUCUGCAGGAGACUGAACAUGUUAAACAAAUGUGUGGAAAUGAGGCUGGAGCUGCGGAGAUCCAAACACAGGGGAGAGGACUGUGAUGAGGAGGAUUUCUGUGCCAUCAGCCCCAGCUGGACAUAUGACAGGCAGAUACGGCAGUGGCAACAAUUAGACUCAACAAUGGACUUCCUUUGCUCGAGCAGCAACCUCCCCAGACCUGGGGACGUGUCUUUGUGUGAUGUCAGUGACUACCAUGAUAUGUGCUCCAUCCACAGUUCCAGUAGCACUGAGAGUGAAGGCCAUGAUGGGCACCACAGGAUUCAUAGAAGUCCUGCUGCAGCUGCAUCCGCGACCGUCAGCUCUCUAGACGAGCAGGAGACCAGCGGGAGCUCCUCUCACUCCUCUUCCAUGAGCAAGACCCUGUUCCUGGAAACCUCAUUCAGUAUACCACCGUCCCCUAGUGGGAGUGAUGGGGGGUCUUCAACCAAGUGUCUGGAGGGCAGCUUUGAAGACAAACGACAAAGGAAGAAAGGCACCAAUCUGUUGAGGAAGAUGGAGAUGCUUCGGCUGAGGGGAGCAUCUGCCCUCCUCCCUUCUGCCCACAGCUGUGUCAGUCACAGUGAACGUUUGGCCCACCAUGCCGUCAGGAGGCAGCUACUGGUCCAGGAGGGGGACCCAGAGGACUGCAUGCUGGUGAGGCUGCAGUGUCCCUCAAGUCUGCAGGAUCGGUCCAACAGCCACAACUCAUCAUUACCCUCAUCUCCUAACACCAUGAGCAGCAGCAGCAGUAACAGCCAUUCAGAGAGCAGCAGCACCAUGAGCACACCUAGCCCAGUCAUCAGGAUCAGGAGUAACUGCAAACGUACCAACAGCGGGUCUGGCAUCAACAGUGGACCAACCCAACAAAACCAGAUCCACAGUGGCAGAGAGGACUACAGAAACCAAAGAAACAUCAACAGCCAUGAGCAUCUGGUCUUUCAGAUCCCCGAUGGACACAAACCAGGGACAUUUCCCACCUCUCUUGCGCACAAACACCCCAUUCUGUCACGUGUGAUGGAUAACAACUCUGUCAACUGGAGGACUGGGAGCUUCCACGGUUACCAGGGGCGAAGCAGUCGAUACCCUGCCACAUCAUCGUUGGGCUCAGAGGACCAGGAACCAUCCUGUGAGGUCAGCCUCAGCGGCCCGCUCGCUGUACCAGACUAUCGUCUGAGUAUCUAUGACAACCUGCCUCACCAGCAGCCGUGUGGAAGUGAAAGCAGCAGCGGCCAAAGUGGCGGUGAAGCAGAACGGAUGGGUGACAAGACGGAGGUGGCUGAUCUUAUGGCAGCUGAAGAUGUUUUCUCAGCUCUGGACAGUGUUUUGGAGAGAAUCAAUGACCUCCAGCAACUGGUCUCCACCUGGUGUGGAAAUCUGUCAGAGGAUGACUGCGCAAGAGACUCCUCCUCCUCCUCAUCGGUGUCCUUCCCGGAGUCACCUGGGCAGGGUUUCCCCUGCCCCUCUUCCCCCAGCUACAUUCACCUGGAAGUUCAGAACCCGGAGAAGACAGAGGGUGAUGCAGUGACCUGUGAGAAGAAACCCGAGAAUGGUGACAAGUCAACAACCACACCAGUGCAACCUAGGAUCAGCAUGAGCCAGCAGCUGUACUGGUCCAGACAGCAGAAUCUGCCUCCUGGUCCAGGAGUGGAAAACCAGAGUGUCUCCCAGUUCAUCCGGCUUCAGAAACUCUCCCUGCUCAAACUCACGGCUCUGAUGGACAAAUACAGCCCAUCCAGCAAGCAAGGCUGGAACUGGACUGUUCCAAAACCAAUGAGGAAGUCCAAGGUGAUGGAGAUGAAGACCCGACGGGUGUUCGGGGUUCCUCUGCUGCUCAGUGUGCAGCAGACAGGCAGUCCGCUCCCUCCCAGCAUCCUCAAAGCCUUAGCAUACCUGAGGAACCAGUGUCUGAACCAGGUGGGUCUUUUUCGGAAGUCAGGCGUGAAGUCUCGUAUUCAGUACCUACGUGACCUGGUGGAGUCUGACCCAGACGGUGUUACCUAUAAUGGUCAAUCUGCCUAUGAUGUGGCUGAUAUGGUGAAACAGUACUUCAGAGACCUGCCUGAACCCAUCUUCACCUGCAAGCUCUGCGAGUCCUUCCUCCACAUUUACCAAUAUUUUCCAAAAGAUCAGCAGCUAGUUGCAGCUCAGGCGGCCAUCUUGCUGCUCCCUGAUGAGAAUCGUGAGGCUCUGCACACGCCUCUUUUCCUGCACGACGUAGUGACCUUUGUGGAGGAGAACCAGAUGACUCCCACCAACAUCGCUGUGUGCCUCGCACCAUCACUUUUCCACUUGAGCACACUGAAGGCAAAUACAGCCAGGUCAAGCCAGAGGAAGUACAGUCUGGGACGACCGGACCAACGGGACUUGAGUGAGAACCUGGCAGCUGCCCAAGGUCUGGCCAACAUGAUCACUGAAGCAGUGCAGCUAUUCCAGCUUCCACAAUUUUGGCCAGGCCUGAGAUUGAGUGACUCAACCACCGCUGAUGACUUUCUGCCUGUGAAGGGAAGAGACCUAACAUCCUCCAGCCAGAGCGGAGGUGAGGAGGAGCAAGAAGAAGAAAGCCAUAAGCUGAAGCAAUGCACCCAGCUACUUCUGAAGGAGGCUCAGGAGAAGAACCAAGACUGGGAGAGCUGCCCAGCUAAGGACCAUGUGGACCUGUCCUUCAAGAAGAUGGAUGACGGCUGCCCACUGUGGAUGUGGCGUGGCUCAGUGGAGGUGGACGCUCCCCAGAAGGAGGUGCUCCUCCGCCUGAUGCGGGAGCAGGAGCUGUGGGACAGAACUGUUUACCGUACCACGGUGAUCCAAAGCCUGUCCAAGGACACUGAAGUCUACCACUACGUCCUCCACGAUCCAUGCCACGGACUGGGCUGCCGGCCUUCCCAGGAGCACCUGCUGCUGAGGACCUGGCAAGCAGACCCGUCCUUUGGACCUGUGUACCUGUCCUCUGUGUCCACAGAGCACCCUCGUGUGCCGGCUGAGGGGGUCAGAGCUCACGUCCACGCCUGCCUUUACCUGCUGGAGCCCACAGGGACCAGGAAGACCAGACUGACACAUCUCUGUCAGACUGACACCAGAGGCCGGUCACAGGAAUGGCACAACAAAGUGAGCGGACAUCGUCUGUCCUCUGGACUCCUGGACAUCAGGGACUCCUUCAGGACCGCCCACAGACACGCCAACGUAUGAUUUACCGUGGCAAUGGGACCUCGUGAUUUGGCGAUUCGGACAGUACCACAUGUUUAAAUGCUGGCCUGUAAAGGAUGUUCGGCACUAACAAGGAGAAGCGACCCCUCCUGUUCCUUCGUGCUCAGAGGACAUGAGAUCAGGCAGACUUUAAUGUGACUUUCUCUCAGUUUUAAAAGUGGACCUGCAGGCCCAGAGCGCAGCAUGCAGGACGCAGGACACAGGAAUGGUGCUUCCUGAGAGCUUCGCCUCCUUUGUAACGGUAUCAUGUUUGCAUUUUCUCAGUGACCUUGCAGACUGCCGACGGCACCGUGCAUGCCCCGCUGCGCCUUCACACCUCACUUCACACGCACAAACACAAUGAAAAAGAUGGUGAGCUUUGACAAAGGACAUUUUGAAGAGAGCAGGAAACGCUGACGACUGAGGAAAAAGGCCGGAUGGAGUGGAUGAAUAAACUCAAUGAAACAAGGAUUUGUCUGCAGUCUGUCCAUAAGACAGAACUGCAGUGUUUAAAUAAAAGAUUCAUCACAGACUGUGUAAGUCAGGUCCAGAGGUAUUUGGACAGUAAGGCUUUUUUGUUGUUGUAAUUUUACGUCUGUACACAUCGCAAUAGAUUCUAAUCAAGAUGAGUGUCAAAUUUCAAAACAAAAACAAAAAAUCACAUGAGCCAUUUAGGAAUUACAGAUAUUUUAAUGUACAGUCUCCUAUUUCAGAGGCCAUAAGUUAAUGGACAUAUGAAAUAUAGGAAAUCUUUUUAAUACAAAUCAUCAUUUUUAGAGCCAGGUUUCUUUAGAUAAGUCAGGGGAUGGAUACAUUAACAUUUUUAAGUCACUGAAUAUGUCUUGGACUUUGUUUACAUCAAUCUUUAAGAAACUCAAGCAGUAUGGUACUGUAUGAGAUCUACAAACACAUCUUCAUGGUUGUGAAUAAAAAUUCUCACUGUCCAAAUAGUUAUGGAAAAGUGGCAAAAACUGACUGAGUGAAGCAAGGGACAGAAAAUGUAAUGUGUGAUUUCAGUGGAAAAAGGGAAAGAGUAAGUGACAUUUAAAAGAAAAAGGGUGACAUUGGUAGCUCCAACUAUAGAUGGCAGUAUUUUUUCCUCCGAUGUUAAGAUUUACAAAAUAAAGGAAAUGCUGAAGUCAGCAAGUUGUUGAACAAAGGCAGUUUUGCAUUCGAAUGAAUAAAGAUUAAAAUAAAGACUUCUCGAAGUUAGAUGGUGGAAAAUUAUUUCUGCCUGAUGUAUUGCAAGCAAACCUGAAAGUACGAGGGCUGUCCAUAAAGUAUAGGUCCUUUUUAUUUUUUUCAAAAACUAUAUGGAUUUCAUUCAUAUGUUUUUACGUCAGACAUGCAUGAACCCUCGUGC